CAGGUCCCCGAUACCGCCCAUCGCCCUUCUCUUCGCACGAUGGCUCGCUCGUCCAGUGUCCUUGCAGGCGGCCUGCUGGGUGCCGCCUCCCUGGGAGGCCUGGCCUUCCUGGCACCCGGCCAGAGCCGACAGGUCGAGGUGCAGAGGGAGGUCGCUGUGGCUGCACAGGCCCCAGGCUUCUUGGCAUCCACAUCCAGCACCGGCAGUGCUGCCCAGGGCGUCACAGGCGCCUUGGCCGUGGCCGGCUUGAGCGUCGCGGCCGUGAGAGGUGCAUCUGCCGCAUCCCGCCAGAAGGGCAUCAAGCCUCGGGCGGCCAAGAGCGUCGUCGCCUGCAACUCACUGGCAAAGUUGAAGAUCGACGAAGUG